AGUGCAUGCGCAAGUGGGCCCAUUUUAGCCAAGCCGACCACCAUUUUUGAGUUACAGUUCGUAAUGUGUUAAAAAUUUAAAUUGAAUAAAAUGGAAAACCGUGCAAAUAUUCUACGUGCCAUGCAAAUAUGCCGAUUUUGUCUGAACGAAGAAGGUCCAUUGACAAAUAUCUACGAACGUCAGAACAAGGACAACAAGCAAACUGUUCCACUGCCGCUGCAACUAAUGGCGUGCGUUGCGAUCGAGGUAUUUGAAAACGACGGAAUGCCUCAAAUGAUUUGCAAGACUUGUCGUGCACAGGCCCUUCAAUCAUACACUUUCAAGACAAAUUGCAAAAAAGCAGACGAUGCACUAAAAGUGUUUCUAGCCACGGGGUCACUAAUCCGACCUUGGAGUCAAGAAGAACUAAAUGAACAAACAAAAACUUUCCAAGCAACCAAACGUGUGGUUGACCAAGCUGAAGAAAACAGAACUAAAAAAAUCAAACGCGAAAAUAGCGACGUAAUAACACUCAACUACUCUGCAAGUUUAUCUCACGACAGUACCACAGAAGAAAGUAAUUUCAACGAAGAAAGUGUCGAAGGUCCUAGUUUCGCAAGCACUGAAGAAAGUGAAGAACCAAAUGAUCAAAGUAUGGAAAAUGAAGAUUUCAUGAAUUUGGAAGAAGAAUCGGUUUUAAAUCCAGUUCUGAAAGUGAAUCAAGUCAGAACCGAUUGUUUUCCGUGUCCGCAUUGCGAAAGAUCGUUUCCUCUUAAACAACUCCUCGAUCUUCAUCAAAGUAAUCAUGACAGAGAGCGGAAUUAUAACUGCAAUUCUUGCGAUAAAGCUUUCUUUACGAAAUACGAUUUGAGCAAACAUCUCCUAAUCCAUACUGGUAGUAAGCCGUUUACUUGCGUCGUCUGUGAAAAGACAUUCGCGAGGGAAUCGCUGUUACACAGACAUGAGAAGAUACACGUUAAUGUACCGAAAUAUUUAUGCUCGCAGUGUGAUCGCACAUUUCUAACUGGAGAAGAUCUAGAUGCCCACACGGCGAAACAUAAGAAGAAGAGGCCGUUCAUGUGCAAGAUUUGCUCAAAAAGCUUCGUUUUCAAACAGGGUUUAGAACGCCACGAGCAAACCCACAACACCGUCAAACCCCAUAAAUGCAACUACUGCGAAGCCAGUUUCACAUCAGCAAUCAAACUAACUCGUCACGUGACCUCCCAUGCCGGUCUUCGGCCAUACCCUUGCAAGGUAUGCGGUCGCACAUUCCUCCUCAGCCACCAUUUAACUCGCCACAUGCGAAGUCACUAUGCCGCUCAGCAAUCCGAAGCUUACAUGCCAUCAAUAGGCCAAUACAAAUGCGACGUUUGCAGUAUGUCAUUCCGACGUAAAGACUCCUUGAUCAAUCACAGCGCAAUCCAUUCAAUGGUGAAUCUAAAAUGCGUCAUUUGCAACACCGAAUUCGACAACGUGGUCAAAGUCAAAGAACACAUCACGACGCAUCUCUCCGACUUGCCAUUUCCGUGCGAAAAAUGCGACUAUUCGUUCGAAACGCAAGAGCAGUUGGAAGACCACGAGUUGAAACAUGCAGAAAUGGAGUACGAGGAGCAGAUCGAGCAGGAGGUGUUGGCGGAGGCGCGCCAAGCUGCAACAGUGAAGGAUUCCAACGAUGAGGAGAAUUCGGAUUACUCCGGGGAUGAUAUCGCCGAAUUUACCAUCACCAACGACAUGGAUAACCCCGAAGUGGUGAGACGCUCGAAACGGGCCUCCAAAGUGAAGAAUUAUGCCGAGUUUUUGAAAGACGAACUGGGUUCAGAUGUCGAAGAGAACACAGAAGGUCAAGAAAAUGAAUUGCAAGAAGAAAACACCGGUGAUGAGGCCCAAAACCCGGAAGAAAUGCACGAAGAAGCCAUAAAACCGAUCGUACGAUCGGAAGGGACUAAAGUCUACUCGAGGAAAAGUCUCCCAGAGAGACCCAAACUCGUACCACAGAUAAAUCUAGACCAAAGUAAUGUUGCACCAUUGUCGAAAAUAACACAACCACACACUAUUAAUUCACUCGAACAUUUGACCAAAGAUUUGAGUAAGAUACCGGAUAAGGAAGUGUUUAAUAUGAAGAUUGGGGAUAAGACAGUUACUGUACAAAAACUCUUGCUUACGAAAGAACAAAUGAAGGCUAUGGCUAAAGAAGGGAAGAUUGAGAAGAAAGGGAAUACGCUUUUGUUAAAGAAAACUGCGAGUCAGUCGUUUCAGAGUGUGAGUUUGGAUUCGAUUUUUGGGAAUUCAAAGUCGGAGGUUAAAACGCCGAGGAAAAAGACGUAUCAGAGGAAAGUGAGUACGGGGGGUGAGGAGAGUGGAGAAGCGACAAUUACUCUAAAUGAGCAUUUAAAUUUACCGACGGAGGAGAAUAGUUCUUAAGUGUAAUUUAAUUAAGUGUAAUUUUUUGAUGUACUAUAUUUUUUCUUCAUGCAGGUAGAUAAAUACUUAUAAGAUGUAUUAGUGCACUGUACUGCUUUCUGGAUUAAAUAUUAUAUGUGCCUA